AUGGGAAAAGAAAGGAUCCACAUCAACAUCGUGGUCAUCGGCCAUGUCGACUCUGGAAAGUCCACGUCCACCGGGCACCUGAUCUACAAGUGCGGAGGAAUCGACAAGAGAACGAUGGAGAAGUACGAGAAGGAAGCUGCCGAGAUGGGCAAGGGCUCCUUCAAGUACGCCUGGGUUCUGGACAAGCUGAAGGCCGAGCGUGAGCGUGGUAUCACCAUCGACAUCGCUCUGUGGAAGUUUGAGACUGCAAAGUACUACGUGACCAUCAUCGAUGCUCCUGGACACAGGGACUUCAUCAAGAACAUGAUCACUGGAACCUCUCAGGCUGACUGCGCCGUGCUGAUCGUUGCUGCCGGUGUGGGUGAGUUCGAGGCUGGUAUCUCCAAGAACGGCCAAACCCGUGAGCAUGCCUUGCUGGCCUACACCCUGGGUGUGAAGCAGCUCAUCAUUGGUGUCAACAAGAUGGACUCCACCGAGCCCCCUUACAGCCAGCCCCGUUUCGAGGAGAUCAAAAAAGAAGUGAGCACCUACAUCAAGAAGAUCGGCUACAACCCUGCCGCUGUUGCCUUUGUCCCCAUCUCUGGAUGGCACGGAGACAACAUGAUCGAGACCAGUGAGAAGAUGGGCUGGUACAAAGGAUGGAAGGUUGAGCGUAAGGAGGGUACUGUCAGUGGAACCACACUGCUGGAAGCCCUGGACGCAAUCCUGCCUCCUUCCCGCCCCACAGAAAAGGCUCUCCGUCUGCCCCUGCAGGACGUCUACAAAAUCGGAGGUAUUGGAACUGUACCCGUCGGUCGUGUUGAGACUGGGAUCCUGAAGCCUGGUAUGAUUGUCACCUUUGCUCCCUCCAACCUGACCACUGAGGUGAAAUCUGUGGAGAUGCACCACGAGUCGAUGCCCGAGGCUGUCCCCGGUGACAACGUUGGCUUUAACAUCAAGAACGUGUCCGUCAAGGAAAUCCGUCGUGGAUACGUAACUGGAGACAGCAAGAACAACCCACCCAAGGCUGCUGCCAACUUCACCGCCCAGGUCAUCGUCCUGAACCACCCCGGACAGAUCGCACCGGGCUACACCCCAGUCCUGGAUUGCCACACAGCUCACAUCGCUUGCAAAUUCAAGGAAAUUAAGGAGAAGAUCGACCGUCGGUCUGGUAAGACGAUUGAGGAAGCACCCAAGUUUAUCAAGUCUGGAGAAGCUGCCAUUGUCAUGAUGGAGCCUUCAAAACCUAUGGUUGUUGAGGCCUUCGCCGAAUAUGCCCCAUUGGGUCGCUUUGCUGUGCGAGACAUGAGACAGACCGUGGCCGUCGGUGUCGUCAAGUCUGUCGUCAAGAAGGAAGACACAGCUGGAAAGGUCACCAAGGCUGCACAGAAGGCCGAGAAGAAGAAAUGAAUUCUAAUACAGGACGUCCAACACGAUG